ACAUGUCAUACGCCGGUCGACUUACAUAGCCAGUGAUACUCGGCUCGUUCCUGUUGUCUUGCUUUCCGGCGCCUGGAAGCGUUUUGUCGCGUCUUUACAAUCGUACUGACGUCGUUGUUCAACGCCAAUUUAGUCUAAUCGAAUUUACCAUCCUACGACUACAUAGGUAGGGUUAUAAUUUGAUCGAGCAUGACAAUUUCUGAUCCAGAAUCUUGCUUUGCUUCGCUUCGAUUUUCCUUCAAGUUCGCUUCGAGUCUAGUUGAGGGAUUGAAACCGGUGGUCUCAAUUUUGGGAGAGUGCUAUGAAGGGCCAUCGCGGUCACCGCGCUGCCGUCGCCGUUGCGAGAAACAGCCCGCUGCCGGGAUCGUGGGAGCCGUGAUAGUGUGAUAUCCACCAAUGUCGCCAGCGGUGGUGAUCGUCGCGUGCCUCGUCGCCGAGGCUAGCAGCAGCAGCAGCAGCAACAGCGCGAGCUCUCGAGAAUACGCUAGGGUGCUGUCACCUCACUAAUCGUUCACGAGAAUAAUGAGAAUCAACGCGACGAAGAUGAGCACUCCGAUCGAGGAGAAGAUUGACCAGAAGCUGAAGGUACGGACGGGGAUGGUGACGGUUAGCGAUGGGAAAAGCAAGCCCGUGCCGAUGCGUUUGCACUUGUCUAUGGAGGUAUUGAAGCUUCAGCGAGAGGAUCUCGAGCAGGCAGCGAAUCACAAUAAGCCACCUCUGGACGCUAAAGAGCGCAUGGUGCAAAUCACCAGGCAAAAGGUCGGUGGUUUGGGGCUGAGCAUAAAGGGUGGCGCGGAACACAAACUUCCAGUACUCAUAUCGAGAAUCUAUAAGGGUCAGGCCGCCGAUCAGUGCGGCCAGCUCUUUGUAGGAGACGCAAUUAUUAAAGUGAACGGAGAAUAUAUUACGGCCUGUAAUCACGAUGAUGCGGUGAAUAUUUUGAGGAACGCCGGUGAUAUAGUGGUUCUAACGGUCAAGCAUUAUCGAGCGGCCAAGCCAUUUCUGCAGAAGAACGAGAAAGAAGAGAGGUUGGAUAAUGUUGCCAAUGGUACAGCGGAGGACGGAUGGAUAUCGCCUAACAGACAGAGUAGCAGUCCCAGAUGCAGCCACAGUCGACAAAGCUCCAACGCAUCUUCCAGUUCAAUGCAAUACAAAAGAUGGGUGGACGUCAUUACGGUCCCGUUAAUGAUGGCAUACGUGACGAGGUAUAUAUUCGGUACCGAUAAAUUAAGGAGAAACGCGUUUGAAGUGAGAGGACUUAACGGGGCGCGCACAGGAGUGAUACAUUGCGAUGACAGCGCUAUUCUCAGUCAGUGGUUGAAAUAUAUAACCGAUAAUAUCACGGGAUUGACGCAUUUGCAGAUGAAACUGUACAAUCGUAAUUUUGGAGUCGGCGAGCGAAUAGAGUAUAUGGGUUGGGUGAACGAGGCAGUGAGCAAUAGCAAUCAACCGUGGCAGAGCUACAGACCGAGAUUCCUAGCUUUAAAAGGACCAGACCUAUUGUUAUUCGAAACGCCUCCUUGCAAUAUUGGCGAUUGGUCACGCUGCGCAUUGACUUUCAAAGUCUACCAGACAAUGUUCCGCGUGAUGCGCGAGUCGGAGAACGUGGACGAGCGGCAGCAUUGCUUCUUGGCGCAGAGUCCAGGAAAACCGCCGCGUUAUUUGAGCGUCGAGACCAGGCAAGAACUCCUGCGAGUCGAGGCAGCAUGGCAUACCGCUAUAUGUUCAGCUGUUACGUAUUUAAAGAGUAAAACUUUUCCGGUAACCUUCAAUAGUAGAAGCGCGGGCCUAACGUUAGAGUGGACUCAAGGAUUCACGUUGUCAUAUGAAGGAAUCGGUGAGAUCGCGUGGCGUUACAAAUUUUCUCAAUUAAGAGGAUCAAGCGAUGAUGGCAAGAGUAGGCUCAAAUUGCACUUCCAAGAACCGGAUAGUAUUGCUAUCGAAACAAAGGAAUUGGAGUGUUCCCAGUUGCAAAACUUGUUGUUCUGUAUGCAUGCGUUUCUUACCGCGAAGGUAGCCGCGGUAGACCCCACAUUUUUAACGUCGACCACUCCGUAAAGAGAUGUAAUAUAAAUAUAAUAUUAAACGUUAUUGCCGACGAAUCACCAAGUGGAUCACUUUUGUGUUCUGUUGUCGUUAAACGGAUUAGAUAGAGCGUAUGCGCUGAAAAUUUACUGGGAAGAAGAGGAAAAAAAGAGAGAAAAAAAAAGAAGAGAAGGAAAAGGAAAGCGACAGAAACUAGUCAAUAUAUCCAAAAGGUAUUUUUAUUGUUCACGUAUAAAGAUCACAAAGCGGUACUACUACUACUCAUCCUACCAAGCCAAUUUCACUAGUACGUAUAUGAACCUAACGGCUAUUACAGUAUUGUACGCAUCUAGAUAAGAAUUCCCGUGCGUGUCCAGGAGCGACAGCAUAUAUUUACUAAGGGUGUUUGGAUAUCCGAAAUCACAGGUUCCGAAAUUGCUCGAAUUGGGUCGAAACUUUUGAUCAAGAGAUUUUGAAAGUUUCUUAUUGUAUACUUGAUAACUAUAAUUUCGAAUAUUCGAAUGUAGACAUUGUGUAUCGAAUCGAGACAGAUCGGACAAAUGUAUAAUAACGUAUUUAAUUGUUAUUUGCAUAGUAUUUUAUAAUUUUUUAUGCAAAUGUAUCUUACACACAAUUAAUUUGACAAACUGGAAAAUAUAUCUUUUCUUAAAACAAAAUUUUUUUAAGCAAAUCUAUCUUAAACACAAGAAAUCUACUAGAAUGAAAAGUAUAUGUUUUGAAAAAAAAAGAGAAUUUUUAAAUAAGUUUAUUUUGGAUGUCAGUGUGUCAUGUAAAUCUAAGUUAAAUACAAUAAAUUUGUCAGAUCUGAAAAAAAAAGUUAUUGUGUUUAUUAAAUAGCUCAGUAAUAUAAU